AAAAUAAAAAUGGGGAGGUUGGGAGUUGGCAACUAAAUAACCAAACCAAAAAAACAGACGGAGAUCUCAAAGAAGCAAACCACGAACAAAUAAACCAUUCCCAUACUAUACUUCUUCAUUGCUUCAUUCCGUAGAUUCCAAUACUCGCGAGAAAAUGCUUCAGCAAUUCCGCCACCGGAUUCCCAUCCCCAUUUCUUCUUCUAAUUCAUCUGCUUCUACUUCUUCUUCUAAUUCAUCUGCUUCUACUUCUUCUUCCUCCUCUUCAAUCUCCCUCCCAUUUCCGAAUCCCCAUUUCACCAAACCCAAUUCCAAACCCUUUAAUUCACUUCUCCAAAUUCAAUGCAAGGCCGUGGACUCUAAGCCAUUGCCCGCAGUCGGUCCCUUCACCGGGAGGGAUCCCAACGUCCAGAAGCCCCCAUGGCUGAAGCAGAGAGCUCCGCAGGGAGAGAAGUUUCAGGAAGUCAAGGAAUCCCUCUCCCGAUUGAAACUAAACACCGUUUGCGAAGAAGCUCAGUGCCCUAACAUUGGAGAGUGUUGGAAUGGCGGCGGCGAUGGGGUCGCUACCGCCACCAUCAUGCUCUUAGGCGACACGUGUACUCGCGGUUGUAGAUUCUGCGCCGUCAAAACUAGUAGAAAUCCUCCUCCGCCUGAUCCCAAUGAGCCCCAGAACACCGCCAUUGCCAUUGCUUCUUGGGGUGUGGAUUAUAUUGUUCUCACUAGUGUUGAUCGCGAUGACAUACCUGAUGGAGGAAGUGGGCAUUUUGCUGAGACUGUUAAGGCCAUGAAGAAUCUCAAGCCUGAAAUCAUGGUUGAGUGUUUAACCUCUGAUUUUCGAGGUGACUUGACUGCUGUGCACACUUUGGUUCACUCAGGAUUAGAUGUGUUUGCACACAACAUUGAGACUGUUAAACGGCUUCAACGAAUUGUUCGAGAUCCUCGGGCUGGGUAUGAGCAGAGCUUAUCCGUUUUGAAACAUGCAAAGGUCAGUAAGGAGAGUAUGAUUACAAAAUCUUCCAUAAUGCUGGGUCUCGGAGAAUCAGACGAUGAGUUGAAGGAAGCCAUGGCCGAUUUGAGGGCUAUAGAUGUUGAUAUAUUGACCCUUGGGCAAUAUUUACAACCAACUCCAUUACACUUGACUGUCAAAGAAUAUGUCACCCCUGAGAAGUUUGCUUUCUGGAAGGAAUAUGGAGAGUCUAUAGGAUUCCGUUAUGUAGCCAGUGGGCCAUUGGUUCGAUCAUCAUACAGGGCAGGAGAGCUCUUUGUCAAGACAAUGGUUAGGGAAAGUGCUAACAAAACUUCUAUGACAUCUUAAGCUUUUGCACUUCCAUAACUAUUGCUGCUAAAGCAUUGGAUUUGGGCAAACCAAGAGCUUCAGCUGGGGCAGGUUAUUGUUGCCAAGUUGGCCCGAAGUUUUUAGUACUUUUUUGUCUGGUGUAAAGGAAAUGUCCCCUCCAUAGAGAAACUUGGUGUACUUUACCGUAUUCAUUUAUUAGUUUGCAUAUCAUAGUUCAGUGUUCCAAUAAAUAUAUUUAUAAAUUAUAAGCCUCUAUUGGGUUCAA